UGAAACGGUGAAUGUCGUCUGCUCGCGGAAGAGGUGUGAGAAGUUUACUUUUACAGAAAGUUCAAGAUGCCGAGACAAAAGAAAAUUGAACAGGAUGUGGGUAGUACCAAUCAAAAGAAGCAGUUUGAUGACAGUGUCAAUGCCUCCCCACAAAGUCUAGACAGCAGUCCUAUUCGUGCUGAUGCAACGCCUAUUGUUUCGAGAGUUGGCAAGAAAAGGACUGCAGAUGGCGAAGGGGAAGACUUUGGAUCAGAGAUGCAGAAAAUGUUGGAGUGCUUUGGGGCUGAUAUUUCAAAGACUCUUGUUUCCAAAAGACGUAGACUUGAACAACUCACUCAGGUCUCUUUGAGGAGCACAAAUAAAAAGGUUGAUGAUAUCUGGAAGGCCCAACAAACAGAAAGACAUAAGUUGCAAGGUGAAUAUGCAAGACAAGUUGGAACAGUUUUCACUCAGUGGGAGUCGGAUAUUGACAAAACCAAAGAACAAGAAGAAAAAUUAGCAAUGCUCUUCAAGCAGCAACAGAAAUUGUUCCAGCAAGCUCGUAUUGUGCAGAGCCAGAGACUGAAGACUUUAAAGCAGUUACAGGAACAAUUCUCAAGAGGGGUAGAAGAGUUGGAGCAGUGUCACAUCAAUCAACAAAACAAUGUACAGAGUGAAAUGAAGAAAGAAAUGGCACUUCUUCAGAAGAAACUUCUCAUGGACACUCAACAGCAAGAAAUGGCUAAUGUGCGGAAAUCCUUGCAGACCAUGCUGUUCUAAUGAUGUAUACAGGAUGCUAGUAAUCGACUACAAUUUGUAAAUUUCAUGAAGAUGGCAGUUGGGAGUUUUAUGGAGUAGGGAAUUCUAUUCCCCUUUUCAGUAGUUAGUGGUCAAAGAGCAAGUCUGUGUACAUGCUCCGGGUGUUUAAUGUCUUCCUACAUUGUGAAUUAUGUACCUUUAAUUAGUUGAUCAUUGGCCUGUUGUGUGAUGCAUCUUUCUGUGAUUAAAAGGGUUGAAUUUUA